AUGACGACGUGUUUCCACGACCACGUUCAUGCAACCACGACCGCCACCAUACCCACGUGCAAUCUCAUUGCUUCUCCAGACCGCCAAACAAGGAUAGUGGUAGCGGGAAGGUUGAAUAGCGGCGACUGGAUGGAUGGAGGCGAGAAGUCGCCGAAUCAGCAUUUAGCUAGGGCUUUAUCCACUUACGUCUACCAUACAUUAUCUGUAUUAGAUACUGAACAUCAAUACCAUUACUAUUACCUUCUUCCGAUAUAUAACAUGCUUGAGAUUCAAAGUUACUAA